AUGGUUUUCCCCAAAGCAGUGUGGUUUGGUUUUAUUCCUCUGGUUUUAUGCUACACUGUGAGCCCGCCGGGUGUUGGUUUCACAGUUGGAUUAAUCUGAUGAUUUUUACAGGACUUGAUGGAAAUCAACUCACCCAGUCUUCAUGAAAGAGAGAAAAGAGAAGUGUUUGUAUCUGUUUCCACUCUAGUUCCAACAAAUACCAAUGAUUAUGAGUUCCAAGUUGUUCUAGGCCUUUCUGAGCUGGAGGUUCUUGAACUGUUUCUGAAGAACCUCAGCUUCCCCAUACUGAUCAACAGCACAAGUCACAUUUCCAGUAUGGUCACCACAACAGUGUGCUCACCUAACGUAACUGGGUACCAGUGUGUGUGUGAGGAGAACUUUGCCUGGUCUAACAACAACUGCAUUGCAUACGGAGUGUGUGACGUCAUGCUUGGUGACACAUGUGGCUGCAUUAAUGACCUGCCAGCUGAUGGUCAGUUCUGCCAGCCAAACAGCAGACAAAUAGCCCUCUCUCAGUCUGUGGGAGUGAAAGAGAUGUCCUUCACCACAGAUGCUACUAAGUGUGAUUUAACUCCUACACCUCCCACAGAUAUUACGUGUCAAAAUGACAUGUUUGGUAACGGACCGAUAGGUUUUUUGGCUGCGUCGGGCUGCGAAAAGGGGAAGGUGGGAGAAAUAACAGCAGUUUGUCAGUCGGACGGUAAAUACGGACAGAUCCAAGACAACUGUGUUUUAGAAGUUGUGAAGAACCUGCUAGAUCAAUCUGAGGUUUUGGAUGAACUCACUCUUCCACUGUUCUUAGAGCAACUCAGCAAUGUGACUGUCAACUUCACUGAAAAAAUAACUAACUCUUCAGCCAACAUUGAAGCCAUUGUGAGGAUCCUUUUUAAUGUAGCAAAUUCAGCAUCAUCUUUAGAAAUUAAAAUAGAAAAAGAUUCCAUGAAGAACAUCCUGGAAACUGUAGGCACACUCACUAUUGGCAAGGCAAAGACGUCGUGGGAAACCCUCAACAACAACAACACAAGAAACACUGAUGAAACAAAAGAGGGCGUCAAAGUGAACAAUGCCAGCUCUUCACUACUGUACUCUAUUGAAAGAAUCACAUCCCGUCUUGUUAACAAAUCCUUCAGCAUUGAAACACCCCAUAUUUGUUUGAACAAGUUCACAUUCGUGAACUGCAGUGUUGACUUAAACUCCUCGGUGAAAAUAGACACACCCAACACUUGUGGACACAAUCACUCGAUAACUACCAUAAUAUUUGCUUUCAUGGAUAAUGUGCUUCCUCCAAGAGAUAAAAGCAAUUCAUCAUCCAAAGUAAUCAAUGGAAAGGUUGCACUUCUUUGGCCCGAAGACAAAAUUACAAAUAUUUCUUUAGCAUUUCAUGUUCUAGAUGAUAGGUUGAGAAAUCCUGAAUGUGUUUUCUGGGAUUUCAACCUCUUUGGCGGUCUUGGAGGAUGGAAUGACGAUGGCUGCUCGCUAGUAUUCAAUGAAAACGGAAUGACCAGCUGCCACUGCAACCACACAACCUCGUUUUCUAUUCUCAUGUCACCCAACAGUUCUGAUCAGUUUAUAUCUACCUACAUAACAUACAUUGGACUUGCAAUUUCCAUUGUUUCCUUGAUUAUAUGUCUCAUCACUGAAGGCAUAAUUUGGAAAACAAUUGGGGACAACAUGACAUUGUACUUUCGUCACGUCUCCAUCGUCAACAUCGCUCUGUCCCUACUGAUUGCAGACAUUUGGUUCAUUAUUGGAGCAGCCAUUUCAAACACAAAAAGUGUGCCGGCCUGCACAGCCGCUACCUUCUUCAUCCACUCUUUCUACCUGGCCCUGUUCUUCUGGAUGUUAGCCUCGGCCCUGCUGCUGCUCUACCGGACUUUCAAUGUCUUUGCUGUAGGUCUGUCUAAAAAAGCCAUGCUGAUCAUUGGAUUCUCUUUGGGAUAUGGAGCUCCGCUGAUCAUUGCAACAAUAACCAUAGCUGUUACUGCUCCCUCAAAUCACUACAUUGGAGAAACAAAUGUCUUCUGGCUCUCCUGGGAUAUGCAUAAAACGUCACUGGCGUUUGUGAUCCCUGCCCUUAUAAUAGUGGCUAUAAACAUCAUAAUCCUGACUCUGGUGAUAUCCAAAAUAUUGAGGAGAAGAGUCGGAAUGAUUGGAACCCAAGCAAAAGAGAGGCAUGCUCUGUUGGCUAUUGUCAGGUGUACGGCUGUACUAACACCAAUUUUUGGUGUAACUUGGGUUUUGGGAAUCGGAACUAUGGUUUCAGAGAACGUUGGACUCGAUGUUGCAUUUGCAUUAUUAAAUUCACUUCAGGGUUUCUGCAUUCUGAUGUUUGGAACACUGUCGGACAAAAAGGUAAUAUCAGAGCUAGCAAAGAAAUUCUCCUGCCAGAACCACCAGUCCAGCAUCCGUGUUCACUCUGGGAAAGUUGUUCUGGAAGUUAAGAAGAUCCACAGGUACAUCAGUUUGCAAAGCCUCUUGACUGCUGCUACUCACAUGUAG